AUUCAACAAAUAAUUAUGCUAUUUCUAUAAGAAUUUUUCUCGGUGAUCGGGAGAAGAUGAUUCCUGGUACGCCUCAAAAAUAUGCAGAUAUUUACACAAGUUGUUGGUCUUCGGAACCAGAGAAACGUCCUAAAUUAGAUAAAAUUUUAACCGAUCUUGAAAAUUUAUUAACCGAAACAACUU